UAUAAGAGAAAAAUAUUAUUAAAUGACUGACAGAUUCUGAUGUUCUUCCAUGUCUAGGACUGGGAUGAUGGAAUAGAGAUUAGAAAGUGGAGUUGCCACCACGUUUUUAAGAUAAAAAUGUUUUCUUAUUGGCUUUAGAACUAACUGAGAACCUGUCAAGCAAUUAUAUCUCCCGACCUUUCUUGGAAGCAAGCCCACGAGUUUUGCUUGCCGUGCUGGCAGUCUUUGCCCCCAAGACACAAGCCACACCACCGUCAGUGCCACGGCUACGUACGUACAACUCUUGAGCAAAACUCAUAAGCAAUAUCAUGGCCAUUGCUGGCUGGGCCACUAAUACAACUAGCACUAGCGAUCCAAAUGAACGCGCAAGCCACAAGCCACGACGGCCUCCCUCGCCUCCUCUCUACACUGAUCAACUCCAAGAAAUAUCAUCAAUUAAAAUGCUAGCUAGUAGGGACCUGCAGAGACGAGACGAGCAAUAGCAAAGCCUACUAGCUAGGGACAGAGCACAAAGCCUGAAGAGAGGCGACGACGAUGCAGCUAGAGAAGGGGUCUCUGGACCUGGUGCUGGUGCCAUGCGGUCUGGUGGUGAUGCUGAGCUACCACCUCCUCCUCCUCUACCGCAUCCUCCGGCACCCCGCCAGCACAGUGAUCGGCUACGAGAACCACAACAAGCUCACCUGGGUGCGCCGCAUGGUGCAGCCGGGAGCGACCCCCGACGAGACAGCGCUGGCGCUGAGCGUCAUCUCCAGCAACAUCUCGGCGUCCACCAACCUGGCGUCGCUGUCCAUCGCGCUGGGCUCCCUCAUCGGCGCCUGGGUCAGCAGCACCACCAAGAUGUUCAUGACGGAGCUCGUCUAUGGCGACCGCAGCCAGGCCACGGCCACCGUCAAGUACAUCUCCCUGCUGGUCUGCUUCCUCGCCUCCUUCACCUGCUUCAUCCACUCCGCCAGGUACUAUGUACAGGCCAGCUUCCUCAUCACCACGCUCGACUCCGAUGUGCCGGCGAGCUACGUGCAGCACGCCAUCAUCCGGGGCGGCAACUUCUGGUCCAUGGGACUCCGGGCGCUCUACCUCGCCACCACGCUGCUCAUGUGGGUCUUCGGGCCCAUACCCAUGUUCGCCUGCUCCGUGCUCAUGGUGGCCAUCCUCCACAUGCUGGACACCAACUCCCUGCCCCUGCACCAGCACCAGUUCACAGUUAGGAAACGGCACGAGCAGAGAGCUCUCACCUCAACCAUGCCUACAAGGCAGCAGCAGCCCAGUCUGCAGAAUCCAAUGCUCAGCAACCCUGUCUUGUCACCUGUUACAUUUUUCAGUUGAACUACAAAGUUUUCAGUAAUGUUGAAGAACCUGAAUGUAGGAUGCAAUUACCAUCUCCGUUCAAAAUUUUCACACUACAUUACAUUAAUGUGGAACUACAAAAUUUUCAUUACA